UUUGGGCCAAAGCGCGCACUCCCGAACAGAACACGUCGCUCCCGCUGUCGGAAGUACCCUUAAAGUGCUGUUUUUGUGAAAACAGGAAGCUGUGGCCUCUGACAGAGGCGCGACUUAACACUGUUCAGCUGCCAUUGAGCCAGUCAGUACAUCAGCAGCCACGCACCAUGGAAGUCGCUGCACUUUGUGCUGUUGUUGCUUCUCUGAGAAUUGUUCCUGACAGAUUACAGUUCUUCCAGUAUGAGUCCUUCUCUAUGAGCUGCGGGGGGCAGGAAAACUCUUCUGAGUGGAGAGUUAAGCUGAACACGCCCUUAUACAUGAACACAACAUGUCCCUCAUCCCCAAAUGGAAUAGAUGAAUCUCAAUGCUUCAUCAGUGACCUUUAUCCAACAGACAGUGGAGUUUACUGGUGUGAGUCUGCAGCAGGCGAGUGCUUUGAUGCUGUCGCCAUCACUGUGGCAGCUGGUUCUGUGAUCCUGGAAAGUCCUGUCCAUCCUGUGGUGGAGGGAGACACUGUGACCCUCCACUGUAGACACAAUGCAGACUCCUCCUCCAAUUUCACUUCUACUUUCUAUAAAAAUGAUGAUAUUAUUGGGAGCAGCUCUACAGGAAACCUGACCAUCCACAGGGUUUCCAAAUCAGAUGAAGGCCUCUACAAGUGUAACAUCACUGGAGUUGGACAAUCACCAGACAGCCUGCUGACUGUCAGUCUCGGGGUGCCCCGUGAGCUGGCUCACUCUGGCCUGACACACAUUCUCCAUCCUGUGGUAUGCAUCUACCUCUUGGUGGUUUCAGUAAUGCUGCUCAGUCUCUGGAAAACCCACAAAGGUAAAAUCGACCCUUCAGUUGUGCUCUACACUGAAGUCACCACCAAACUAAACUACAACAGAAAAGGGGAACAACUGAGGAAGAGAUCCUCUUUAUUCUCUUCUGAGGCUCCAAAGACUCGUCUCAGGAAGCUGUGGCCUCUGUGAUAGAGGUGUGACUUAACCUUCUCAGGACACCA